AUGUCCCCAGACACAACCCAGCCGUCGGGCAACAAAGAACGCCCUGCUGAUCACGGUGAACCAUUCUCGGAUGCGUCAAGCUCUUACUGGCCUGAAGGAUGGAAUUGGGCACGCUUUAGCAACCCUGAAGCCGAUUUCACAGAUUUAUCAGAGGAUGAAAGAAUGAAGAUGUUGGAAGGGUUAGAGGAAGUGCUUGGGGAGGAUGGUAUGGAUAAAAUGAGAAUCUAUACAGAGCGAAAGAGCCGGAAGUGGCAUGAUAAGCAACUGCGAGAUAAAGGCGUCCCUCCACCCGAAUAUAGAGCACCAGGUUUCCUAAGUGAGUCGCGGGAAAGGUGUCUUAAUGGCCGCCCUUGGGGGUUUAUUGCCUUCCGCACAGUUUUAUACGACGAUGAAGCGAGAUGGGCUGAAUUCAAGGAUCGACUUCAACAGAUCCUAAAUCUUGCCUUUGAGCGGGUUGUGGAUAGCCAUGGAGGGCACGAGUACGAGGAGGUUACAAGGGGACGAGAGCUAUUCACCCUUUAUUGGGUUGAAGAUGAGGAGCUGCUUAAUGGUGCUACUGAAGAGAGACUCCGUGAGCAAUAUGAGAAGGUCAAAAAGGAAGCGCCAAACGGGAUGGAUUAUCGCUUAUUUCUCUCGACCUGCCCGGAGGUCGUUGACUCAGUCUUUUCUGACCCUCUUCCAACUACGGAUUCAUUCUUUUGGCGCGACGAUGCGCCAUUCCUACUUGUUGUUAUGGAGGCAACCGAAGAGAACCCGCACGGUGACGAACCGCAUGACCCCGAUGACCCACACGACGAGAGGAACUGGUACAAGUCUGUCUUCAAGGUGCCCGUCGAGAUAGUCCCCGAUGUCUUUUGGGAGGUGGUUGAACUGGGGAUAACCCCGCCUACCAGGCUCACGCGUAAGGUCAAGGCGUGCAACCAAUUACUGGGAGGGCCGGUGCCUAGGGCCAUCCUUAUAGAUGAUUUGAGAGAGCUUUGGUGGGGGUUGUUUCCGUCGCCACAGGAUCGUAGAAGGAAAGCUCGGCUUAGGGGGUUCAAUUAG